AUGUCAACUCAGUCAAUGCUGCAAUUCAUCCGGCUUUUUAAAAAGAAAUCGUGGAGUAAACGCGGUUCAAAGCGUUUGAUUUUGCGCCAUUUGCUCCCAAGCGCAUUUCGUCACGAAACAUCCUACAGUACAAUACACACUGCGUCUGACUCGUAUGUACCCAUCGUAUCACCUAAUCGAUGCGGACAUAGGACUGUACGUAUCGCGAAGUUGGAACACAGGUUGUUCAAUUGCCUCGGAUUGGUUAGCUUAUGUCUCGAGAAUCUAGAAGCUGGUUGUACAAGGGCCAGAAUCGGUAGCUGCUCACCUGAGAUUUUGACAAGUGGUCGUCAAACAGCUACAAUGCGCAGUGUUGUGCUAAUUCUCUCUCUACUUUUACAUGAGCUCUCAAUUCUUGGCGCUCUCUCAACCCAGCACGAGAAACUCGUGUUUGAGACGGUACUGGCUGCUAAGUACAACCCAAAAAAAAAUGGUCGUAACGAAUGA